GUAGGAAAGAAACAUUUACUGGCCAAAACUUUCUUUGAACUUGAAUUCGGGAAUCCCAUUCUGCCUCAACCCUAAGCUGAUUGUGAAACAGGCUCCUUGGGGUUCAUAACUGACCCAUAUACGGCAAUCACAGCACUGCUAGCUCGCUAGUGGGUUCACUCACAACAUGGCCAACGCAUUCGAAUCCUCACCUGACAUGGAAAAAUUCCUUUGCGACCGGUUGCUUGAUCCGACGCAACCAAUCUCAGAGCGGUUCCGAGCACUUUUCUCUCUUCGCAACCUCAAAGGUCCCGGCCCUCGCAACGCCCUUAUAAGUGCUACAAGGGAUUCUUCAAAUUUGUUGGCGCAUGAGGCUGCAUUUGCUUUGGGUCAAAUGCAAGAUGCUGAAGCUAUCCCUGCUUUGGAAGCAGUUUUGAAUGAUUUUUCUCUGCAUCCGAUUGUUCGUCAUGAGGCAGCAGAAGCUCUGGGUGCAAUUGGUUUAGAUAGUAAUAUUCCUAUGUUAAAGAAUAGUUUAGUUUUAGAUCCAGCUGAGGAGGUUCGAGAAACAUGUGAACUGGCACUUAAGCGAAUUGAGGAAUUAAAGACCUCUGUUGAUGACAAUGGAUCAUCUGUGGUAGAAAAAUCACCUUUCAUGUCUGUUGACCCAGCUGCACCAACUUCAUUAUGCUGUUCUGUUGAUGAGCUAAGAGAAGUUCUUCUGGAUGAAGCAAAAGGGAUGUAUGAACGAUAUGCAGCACUUUUUGCACUUCGCAACAACGGUGGAGAUGAAGCUGUUUCUGCUAUAAUUGAUUCUUUAGGCGCGAAGAGUGCUCUGCUGAAGCAUGAGGUUGCUUAUGUGUUGGGCCAAUUGCAAAACAAAGCUGCGUCUGCUGCACUUUGUAAUGUACUCAGGGAUUUGAAGGAGCAUCCCAUGGUCAGACAUGAAGCUGCUGAAGCUCUUGGUUCCAUUGCUGAUGACCACAGUGUGGCACUUCUUGAGGAAUUUGCCAGGGAUCCUGAGCCUAUUGUUUCACAGAGCUGUGAAGUUGCCCUGAGCAUGCUGGAACAUGAACGGUCGGGAAAGUCAUUUGAGUACCUCUUCAUGCAGGCUCCUAUGAUCCAAUUGUGAGUUAUGUGCCAUUGAUUGGAUAUAGAAAAUUAAGACAGAAGAAACUAAUCUUAAAUAAUGUAUGAUCAUGAAGUGGAGAGUGAUGAAAAGUGGUAGAGAAGUAUAAAUGGCCAUUCAGUUUCUUACAACUUUAUAGAAAUAAUUUAUGCUUUUCAUUGAAAGAAAUGUUAAUCUUGUUCAGUUUUAUGUAUUACUCAUUGACUUUGUGUAUGGUGUUAUAAUUUUGGAAAAUAGUGAUCUGUUUCUUCUAUCAUAUAUAUAUUUUCUGUUUAUACUA